GGGACUGUCCAUCAUUUUAAGGGGUGCCUCGGGACUGUCCACCAUUUUAAAGGGUGCCUCAAGACUGUCCAUCAUUUUAAAGGGUGCCUCAGGACCGUCCAACAUUUUAAAGGGUGCCUCGGGACCGUCCAUUAUUUUAAAGGGUGCCUCAAGACUGUCCAUCAUUUUAAAGGGUGCCUCGGGACUGUCCAUCAUUUUAAAGGGUGCCUCGGGACUGUCCAUCAUUUUAAGGGGUGCCUCGGGACUGUCCACCAUUUUAAAGGGUGCCUCAAGACUGUCCAUCAUUUUAAAGGGUGCCUCGGGACCGUCCAUCAUUUUAAAAGGUGCCUUGGGACCGUCCAUCAUUUUAAAGGGUGCCUCGGGACUGUCCAUCAUUUUAAUGGGUGCCUCGGGACUGUCCAUCAUUUUAAAGGGUUCCUCGGGACUGUCCAUCAUUUUAAAGGGUGCCUCAAGACUGUCCAUCAUUUUAAAGGGUGCCUCGGGACUGUCCAUCAUUUUAAAGGUGCCUCGGGACUGUCCAUCAUUUUAAAGGGUGCCUCAAGACUGUCCAUCAUUUUUAAAGGGUGCCUCAAGACUGUCCAUCAUUUUUAAAGGGUGCCUCGGGACUGUCCAUCAUUUUUAAAGGUGCGUUGGGACCGUCCAUCAU